AUGAGGCGUGUUGCAGGCAACCCGACCAUGAGGCGUGUUGCAGGCAACCCGACCAUGAGGCGUGUUGCAGGCAACCCGACCAUGAGGCGUGUUGCAGGCAACCCGACCAUGAGGCGUGUUGCAGGCAACCCGACCAUGAGGCGUGUUGCAGGCAACCCGACCAUGAGGCGUGUUGCAGGCAACCCGACCAUGAGGCGUGUUGCAGGCAACCCGACCAUGAGGCGUGUUGCAGGCAACCCGACCAUGAGGCGUGUUGCAGGCAACCCGACCAUGAGGCGUGUUGCAGGCAACCCGACCAUGAGGCGUGUUGCAGGCAACCCGACCAUGAGGCGUGUUGCAGGCAACCCGACCAUGAGGCGUGUUGCAGGCAACCCGACCAUGAGGCGUGUUGCAGGCAACCCGACCAUGAGGCGUGUUGCAGGCCCCGACCAUGAGGCGUGUUGCAGGCAACCCAACCAUGAGGCGUGUUGCAGGCAACCCGACCAUGAGGCGUGUUGCAGGCUCCGACCAUGA